UAUUUUCCUAGACCUUUGCCGAUUGGUUGGUUUGGGUAGGUUGACGCGCACCCGGAGGGACGAGCGUGAAAUGGCGGGUUUAGGCCGGGCUGUGAGCCUUCUAUACGGAGCCGGGCAGCAGCUCUUGUCAUUAAUUCCUAGAGGAAACAUGGGAUUGGUUCGUAAUUACUAUGUAGAUUGGCGAAUGUUAAGGGACGUGAAAAGGAGAAAGCUGGCUUUUGAGUAUGCAGAUGAGAGGCGGCGACUCAAUGCAAUACGAAAGAACACCAUUUUACCAAAGGAACUGCAGGAGAUUGCUGACAAGGAGAUUGCAGUUCUGCCAAGAGACAGCUGCCCAGUCCGGAUUCGCAAUCGCUGUGUCCUCACCUCACGGCCACGAGCAGUCAAGCGCAAAUGGCGACUCAGUCGGAUCGUGUUCCGUCACCUUGCUGACCAUAACCAGAUGUCUGGGAUCCAGCGUGCCAUGUGGUAGCACCAGUGGUUUGGCUUGAGGAGCCUGCUCAUGGUGACUUGGAUAACAAGUAUCUGACCACUGAAGCCACCACAAGCUGACUGUUCUUCUGCAGUCAGAGGGUGGGCUGGGAGCUCUAUUACAUAAAACAACUGUAUUUGAGAAAACUCUGAAGACUGUAGUGUUUGGGACGUAUUAUGAAAGCUUUACAUAAAAACAUGCCCUUGAUGGAAUAUAGACAAUACUGCUCUUUCCCUACUGAACCUUCAUCCAUGAGGUGACAUGGACAAAGGCAGUGCUCUUCAGCAUCAAAUUUAUCAUUACUGACAUGUAUGAUGUGACUUAAGACUGAUCCUGAGUAGCUUCAUCCGUGGCAAAAGUGACUUUACCACGGUUGAGCACAGUGUGACUCUACCUGUGCUAGAUAUCCCAGUGCUUCUUUUACCUGUGCCCAUCUUAUGAAAAAUACUUUGUAUGAGUUUCACUUGGGCUUAAUUUGCCCACUUUAGAAGUGUUCCUGUGCUAUACACCUGACACUGGAGUAUUUUCUUGCCAGAAUCUCAUGCAGCAGAGUUCAAUGGUUAAUUUAAAUGACUAAAAGGUGACUUGCACUCUCUUGUAAUGUAUCCUGUGUUUGAAGACUAUGAAGGAUAGUUUUCUAUGGAAGUAAUAUCUAUUGAGACAGUAAAGGGAAAAACAAGACCUUGUUAACUUUAUCUCAAAUGCAAGUGGUGUUAGUCUUGUUGUGGUCCAUAUCAUUCUGUAUUUGUCAAAUUGCUGUACUUCCAUUUAAAAGAAAGUCUCCCAUGAAUGUUGCAGGAGUUGUGUCUACCUGUCUUUUUUGGCUGCAUGGAAACGCUUGCCACAAUGAAACUACACAUACUUGCUUUCUGAAUUUGUGUGAAAGUUGUUUUAUGUUGUAAUGCUCCAAAGAACAGAAUAGUAGUGACAUGACUGACUUUAAUACUCUAAUAAAGCUUGGUCCAAGAACAUUAAUA